AUGUCAGAGAAUGAAGAAACUGAUCAGAAGCCGAAGAUAUUUCUUAUGGGAUUGAAAGGAAGUGGGAAGUCCUCAAUUCAAAAGGUUGUUUUUCACAAACUUGCUCCAGCUGAAACUCUUUAUCUUGAAAGCACAAAUAAAAUCGAAAAGAACGAUAUUUCCGAUUGUUCAUUCAUCAAAUUUCAAAUCUGGGAUUUUCCUGGGCAUAUUGAUUUCUGUGACUCAGGGUUUCUAUCGGACUCAUUAUUUUGUGAAUCCGGGGCUAUUAUAUUCGUAAUUGAUGCCCAAGACGAUUACAUGUCAGCUUUACAGCGCCUUACUGCUACAGUAGAGUAUGCUUAUAGAAGGAACCCAAAAAUCAAAUAUGAAGUAUUCAUCCACAAGGUGGAUGGCCUUCUGGAUGAUCAAAAAAUUGAAAUCCAGCGAGAUAUUGCUCAACGAGUCAAUAAUAUCGUCGAUGAUAUCGUUGCAUCUUGUAGCCAUAUUAUUUCUGAUUCCUGUGGCGUUACGCUUGGGUUCCACCUUACUACCAUAUACGAUCACUCAGUUUUUGAAGCAUUCAGUAAAGUUGUCCAGAAGCUGAUUCCAUAUCUAGAUGCUUUUGAAGACUUACUUAACAUAUUUAUAUCGAGCUCAAUGUUGGAUAAGGCCUUUCUCUUUGACGUGGCAACAAAAAUUUACUUGGCAACCGACUCCGCUCUCGUCGACAUUCAAACUUACGAACUAUGUUGCGAUAUGAUUGAUGUUGUUACCAAUAUCUCCUCUAUCUACACCCCAGCAGCAGAGCUCAACGAUCCUCCAUUUUCGGAGCAGACAUCCUCAACUAUUGUAUUGAAUAAUGCCACUGUAAUCUACUUGCGAGGCAUCAAUCGAUACAUGGCACUGGUUUGCAUUCUUCGCGAGGAGUCGCUGGAGAAGAUAGGUGUUAUUGAAUACAAUUACCAGAUAGUGAAGGAGGGUAUACAGCGGAUGCUGAGUGUUAACCAACAAGCAAUCACCAACGAUCAGCCAAAAAUGGCGGAUGACAAGGGUGAUGCGGUAGGCACUGACGAAAACUGCUCAAAAGCCACGGAAAACCUCGACAACAUAGAUAAUUCCGUUAUAUGA